AUGUUAAAGUUUGGUUCGCAUUUAAAACAGAAUUCAGACUCGACUAAACUGAGGGCUGAAUCACAAAAAGAGCUCCAAAAUGUGACCAAAUGUGAAGAGUUUCUCAAAUUACUGGACAAACAAGAAAAGGAUUACACGUUUGCCAUCAAUAAAGUAUUGAAAGGCGACCCUCUUCACAGUGACGACCAUCAAAGCCAUGCCAUCCAAACCAAUGGCUUAGUAUCCGCAUCGAGUCCACCAUUGCCUGACAUAACUGCAGUGUCUCCACCAUCUGAUGCCAACAAAAAAGUGGCUGAAAAUACAUCAGAAGUGAAGAGCGAACUCAUAAUAACGCUAAAAGUAGACGAAAAUACCAAAGAUUAUUCACUACCGGAAGCGAUAGCUUUGAUCAGUGAGAAGAAGAACACGUUUGCGAUGCACUUCUUCGCCGCCGAUUGUCUUGAGUAUAGCGUUCGCGCUCUUCAGGCACUCAAUCAUCACAAACGGACUCAUAUUCAGAAGUGGUGU